AAAAAUAUGACGAAAGAGCUUGACGUUGAACAAAUCCGAGUGGGCAUGGUGCAGGGCGACCUUUACUUUCUUGAGCCCAUGAGCGGCUUCAAGCCUUUGCCUUCAGGGUCCGCCGGGAAUUACAGCAUCGUUGUCAGUUUUUGGGCCGUGCAGCGGACGGAUUUCAUGCUUUUUUGGUACGUCACGUCGGCUAACGCCAAUGUUCAGCCACGCGUGGUACGAUCAACUUCGUCAUUUGACCUCGAGUACGUCACUGAUUUUGAUGACGUCAGACAGUGGAAUCGCUGGCGUGGGGAUCGGGACAACCCAUUCACCCCACGGGAGCGGGCAGAAAGACUGGCGUAUGACGAAAAAAAUGUUGACGAAACGGAUAACGUGCUGCAUCUCCACCUCACGGAUGACGAGGGAUGGAGACUAGAGAUCGACGGACUGCAAGAACUCACUGAGGUUGGCGGUAAAAGAUGUCAUGACCCGCAAGAAAAUGAAUGUAUUAUUCCGCAAUUCGGGUCCGGUCCAUUUGCAAACUCCUCCGGAAGUGGAUUUUUCACAAAAUCGCAAUAUCGCGAACUACUUUCCUACGCAAAGAAAAAUCACAUAAAGGUAGUUCCAGAGUUCGACAUGCCGGGUCACUGUCACGCCGCGAUCGCGUCGAUGGAACGUCGGUUCAGAAAAACGAAGUCCUCCGAGUAUCGCCUCGUUGAUCCAGACGACAGUUCUGCAUACCUGUCCGUGUAAAGUUGGAAGGACAAUGCCGUAAAUCCGUGCAUCAAUUCCACUUACGCGUUUAUUGGCAAGGUUAUGGAUGCUGUUAAAGCCCUUCACACGGAUAUUCAGCCCCUGGAGAUUUACCAUUUUGGCGGGGACGAGGUAGCCCAUGGAGCAUGGGAGAAGUCGCCCAGAUGCGAGGAAUUCCUAAGGGCCAAUCCGCUGUAUAACAUCACUCACGGUCUAAAAAAUUACUUCGUCGAGCGCGUGGCAAAGCUUGCGGCCGAGCGGGGACUGUCGCUCGGUGGUUGGGAUGACGGCUUUUCGGACGGUGCGGCGCCACUUCCGGCAGGCAAUCUCUCAAAAGUGGAGCUGUAUGUUAACCCUUGGAACAACAUUUGGGAGUGGGGAAGCGGCAGUAACGCAUACAAGUAUGCCAACGCCGGAUAUAAGGUCAUCAUGACACAGGCGACGAAUCUCUACUUCGAUCACCCCCAGGAGCCUGACCCGGAAGAGCGGGGGCUCUACUGGGCAACGCGCUUUACCGACACACGGAAGGUGUUUGACUUCCGGCCGGACGCUCUUUACGACAACAUCCGGGAGGAUCGCAGCGGCACCCACCAAAGCAAGCACGACAUCUGUGGGGAAGACAUGUCCAAGUGCACACUUUUGAAGAAACCGGAAAACGUAAUCGGUAUGCAAGGCGCGCUUUUUAGCGAGACUAUACGAACGAGCGCAAACAUGGACUACAUGAUCUUCCCUCGGAUUCUGGCGCUCGCGGAACGCGCAUGGCACAAGGCGCCAUUCGAGGAGACGGGCGCAUCGUCGCAAAGUGAUUGGCUUACUUUCGCAAAAGCGCUUGGAGAAAAGGAGUUCCGGCGACUCGAAGCAAAGGGUGUUCAAUAUCGAAUUCCUCCGCCGGGAGCAAGGGUUUCGGCUGACAAAGUAACGGUGACUACAGAAUACCCCGGACUGGGUGCCCAGUACAGCUCGGAUAACGGAUCUACCUGGCAGAAUACCAGCGUGAACCAUCCGACUACCGUAACAUGGAACCAAGCCGGGUCGAUUCUACUGAGAGCUACAAAUGCAGCUGGUACCCGAAACAGCCGUUCCGUUAAACUAACACGAGGUCCAGUCAAGAAGUGGUCAGACCAAAAGGACGUAGAUUACAUAGCGGCCAAUCUGACCGUGUUUGUGGAAGUGUUUGACAACCUCGAGAAAGAUGCCGAGUAUUUCAUGACGAUGUCUGUCCGCUUCGGAAACGUCGGUGCACAGAAUAUAACGGCGGGGUCGUGGAAGAUCUACUUCUAUACUUUGUAUGGCGCAAAACCGGGCGAGAAACUGGCGUGUGGGAUGACGGUCGGGCACGUGAACGGAAUACUGUUCUUCUUCGAACCGACGUCAAGCGACGCCUUUCCGGGAAUACCGAGCGGCGGAACGCUGCGAUGCCUGUACAAGAACUGGCGAUGGAUCGUCAGCCGUACAGACAACAUGCCCAACUGGUAUGUGGCGGCCGACGGCAUGAAGGCGCAGAAGUUGGCGUCCACCGUGGAUGAGGCAAUUACAUACGUCGGAGCAUUCGACACCCCUCAGAAGUGGAAGCGGGCCAAGGAGGAUAUAUUCAACCCGUACACGCCCGCUGUCAGAUAUGAUAUCCUGCAUAGAGGACCUUCGCAAAAGCGACCCUUCAAGAUCAUACCGACACCGGUUGAGUCCAAGAUAGACGCCGGUAAAACGACGAAGUUCGAUCCUUCCACCUGGACAGUUAAGCCGUCUGCAGAAUUUCCAUUUGAGAGCCUUUUCAUUAUAAAAUCGCUGAACAUUUCUCGGACACCCAACAACGCUCCCUCUGGGCACAUCCAGUUCGUUCAACAGAAGGCGGCCGAUGGAGCGGGUGAGGAGAGUUACGAGCUGGAUAUCAACCCGGAAUCAAACGAGGUGGUCAUCAAGGUGUCGACAGCCACCGGUGCGCUCCACGGCGCCCAAACUCUGAUUUCUCUCGUGGAGAACAACGACGGGACACUAUUUCGAGCUACCAUCAAAGAUCAUCCGAGGUACAGUUACCGCGGCGUGAUGUUGGACGUGGCUCGAAACUUCAAGCCGUUACCGUGGAUACUGAAAUUCCUUGACGUGAUGUCCAUGUACACGCUAAAUAAACUUCACCUGCAUCUGUCAGAAGACGAGGCGUGGAGAGUUGAGAUAGAGGGCAUACCCGAACUCACUCAGGUUGGUAGCAAGCGCUGCCACAGCGAAUACAGGGACGACUGUGUGAUCCCGCAGCUGGGUUCCGGUCCGGACACAGACACUUCCGGCACUGGCUACUACAACAAGACCGAGUACCAAGCCAUCCUGCGAUACGCAAACGAGCGCCAUAUUGAAGUCAUACCGGAAAUAGAUAUGCCCGCCCAUUCUGCCGCUGCCGUUUUUACCAUGGAAACCCGCGAGGACGAAAUCGACUACAAGCGUUCUCAUGGUAACCAGAAUUUGCCGGAGUCGUUUCUUUUGUUUGAUCACAAGAGCGCCAAAGACGUGCUCAGCGUGCAGAAGUGGAAACAGAACGCGAUGAACCCGUGUAUGAAUUCUACCUACAGAUUCGUAGAGAGGGUGAUAGACGCACUGAUAGGUCUGCACAAGGACAUCCAACCCCUAAGGAUGUUUCACAUGGGAGGAGACGAGGUUGCCAAGGGGGUCUGGAACGGAUCGCAAGAAUGUCAAAAUAACCCCGACAUACCGAACACCAUCCUGAACAAUACCGGGCAGCUUCAGCGCGUGUUCAUGCGGAGAGCUUCGGACAUCGUCGCCCAAAAGAAUCUCGAUCUGGCCGUCUGGGAGGACGGUGUGUAUGCAGACGCAAACCCGAACCCGAUCACGGACUACAAAUCCAAGUAA